AUGAUGCCGUCCAACGGGAGCAAGGACGGGCACGCGAGCAAACUCGCAAUCGCCCACCACGCUGCCACGACCGACAUUGCCCUGGGAGCUGAAAGGGACUUCUCCGCCCACAACUAUCAAUCCCUUCCCAUUGUGUUCUCCCGUGCUCAGGGGGCGUCUGUCUGGGACCCCGAGGGCCGUCAUUAUCUCGACUUCCACUCGGCCUCUACCGCCCUCAACCAUGGCCAUUGCCAUCCGAAGCUCGUGGCUGCGCUUGUCGACCAGGCCUCGCGGCUGACGCUGACCUCGCGCGCCUUCCACAACGACGUGUACCCCCAGUUUGCCGAGAUGGUGACCAAGACGUUUGGCUACGACAGAGUUCUGCCCUCGAGCACCGGCGCCGAGGCGGCCGAGACUGCCAUCAAGGUCGCUCGCAAGUGGGCUUACAAGGUGAAGGGCGUUCCCGAGGACGGAGCCAUUGUUCUCGGUGCCGCGGGAAACCACCACGGACGGACGCUGGCCACCAUUUCUCUCGCCUCGGACGCCCAGUCGCGUGAGAACUACGGCCCGCUAGUCGCCAACAUAAGCUGCCAUAUUCCGGGGACCGCAAAGCCCAUCACGUACAACGACAGGGCUGCGCUGCGGGAGGCCUUUGAGAGCGCAGGCUUCAACCUGGCUGCCUUUGUGGUCGAGCCGAUCCAGGGCGACGCGGGCGUCAUCGUCGCCGACGACGACUACCUCCGCGAGGCGCGGAGGCUCUGCGACGAGCACAACGUCCUGCUGAUUUGCGACGAGAUCCAGACGGGCAUCGCGCGGACCGGAAGGCUGCUCGGCCACUACUGGAGCGGAAUCAGGCCCGACCUGGUUCUCCUCGGCAAGACCAUGACGGGCGGCAUGUAUCCCGUCUCGUGUGUCCUGGGCAGCGACCGGGUCAUCCUCACGGUCGAGCCCGGCACGCACGGGUCGACCUACGGCGGCAACCCGCUCGGGGCGGCCGUCGCCAUGCGCGCGCUCGAGGUCAUCGACGAGGAGAACUUGGUCGAGCGGGCCGAGCGCCUGGGAAACGCCCUCCGCGAGAGGUUGAGGUCUCUCCAGGCCCAGAAUCCUGUUAUCCAAACCGUGCGCGGUAGAGGGCUCCUCAACGCAAUCGUCAUCGACCAGUCCAAGACCAAUGGGCACUCUGGCAUAGAGCUGUGCGAGCAGAUGCGAAAGAAGGGACUCUUGCUCAAAUCCAGCCGCUCUGGUGUCAUUCGCAUAGCACCCCCCCUCGUCGUGACCGAGGAGCAACUUGAGCGAGGACUCGAUAUCGUGAAGGAGUGCAUCGAAGAGCUUCCAAAUCUCCCUAGCGCCGUGUAA